AUGGCUUCAAUUAGCUUCAAUAAUAACUUCUUUGAUAACUGGUUCAAGAAACCCCCAAAUCCUAUCCCUUCCAUUAACCUCCUUUCUCUAAUCUCCUUCAACAACGGCAAAACCCCAAAUUUCUCUUCACUCUCCGUCUCAAACCCAUUUAAGAAACCCAAAAAACCCGACCCGGAUCCGACCCAAGAACAGCCGGGUUACUACAAACAAAUGCUUGACCAGUUUUUCUGGGAAUGUGAGAACCUACCUGAUUAUCGUCACACCCCAGAAGUCGAAAAGGUCCUAAACGAAGACCCGAUUUUUGAAAAGAAAGAAAACCCGACCCCAGAAGAAAUUGAGGAGAACGAGAAAUGGUGGGCUGAGUUUCGGGCCAGCCCGGUUGUUAAGUUUUUGACCCGAGCUCAUCAAAUUGCUGAUAAAAUUAAUGAGAUGGAACUGAAAGCGAAUUCAAUUCCUUAUCGUUGGGAAGAUAUGAAAUUUUGGCAGGCAUUGCCUCAUGUAAUUGGGCCAGACGGUAGGCCAAUGCCGCGGAAGGCGAUUAUCACGAAGAAAGAGAGUGAUGAUAAGUUCUGGGAUUUUGCUAGGCAGUUCUUUUUUGGGCUUUGGGGUUUUAGACAAAGACCUUAUCCGCCUGGUCGACCCAUUGAUGUUGCUCAAGCUAUUGGGUUUAAGCGCCUUGAGAAGAGAUACUAUGAUUUUAUUAUGAAAACUGGUGGGUGGUACUAUAAGGAUCGGUUGGGACGAACACGAGGGCCAAUGGAGCUGAUACAACUGAAAACGGCUUGGGGUGGUGGGAUAAUCGAUAAGGACACUUUUAUUUGGGGUGAUGACAUGGAUGAAUGGGCACCAAUACAUAUGAUUUACGGCAUGGAGCGUGCAAUUGCCACUUGGGAAGUCAGACUUGGUGCUGCGGCAACGGCUUUCCUUCACAAACUACAGAAAGGCAUACCACCGUGGGUUCCUUUGAAGGGACGUGAACAGAAAACCUAUAAGCAGAUGCAACAAGAGGCUAUAGAGAGCAAGAAACGAGACUUGGCUGUUUUGGAAGCUAAUGGUGGUAUUUGGCCAGGAGUUAAAAUUCCCAGCCAUGCUCUUUUUCUUUGGGCUAGUGGCCCUGAAUUGACAAAUAUUUUGGAACAGGACCAUAUGCCUAACAUAUUCAUUCCAAAAGAUCUCAGGCUUCAAUUGGCAAAAGCUAUCCCAGGCUUAAGACCAUGGGAGGUUCUAAGUGUUGAGCAAGCGAUGGAUCAAAUAACAUAUAAUGGACAGUGGUACCGUGAACCUCUUGGUUCAUACACGACAGGACCUCCGUACAUCAGACAUUGGAACAAGGAUGUUAAGAGAAUACUUCGGAUUUUCUACACUCUUAGCACCCGGGUUUACAGCAAAUUACAGCGCACGAUUCCUGGUAUUGAUACCAUAAUGGAGAAAGUCCACGAAGAUGCUGAAACUAGGAGAGCCAGACGUAAGCAUAAAAGGGAGACACAAUUAAAGGCUGAGCAGGAGGAAGCCUUAUAUGGUCGAGCUAGGACUGAUCCAUAG